AUGGAGAAGGAAAUCCAGCAGCUGGUUGAGAUGGGCGCGACUGUGGCCCAAGCCCGGGCAGCUUUGAACAAGUACAAGGAUGUCAUGCAAGCAGCCGAGCGCAUCUUCGAUGGAAGCUUUGACCAUGUCCUCGACGACGAUGGCGACGAGGACUUCGCCGAUUACGACUCGGAUGUUGAUUUAACCGCUAUCGACGCCUGCGCAGGCAUCUUCUUCUCGAAGGACCGCCGUGAAGAGGUUAUAGAAGUUGAGGAGGAGCCAGAAGUCGCAUUCGUUCCCGAGAUGAAUGAGAAGGUCGCCCUCAUGACACAAGGACAAUGGAUGAAGGGAUGCCCCGAAGGCGGCGAGCAAAGUUUCCUGUUCAGUCUAUACAGGGAGCUUAGCGAAGGCGAGUGUCGAUGUCCACAUGGCUGCGGGGGAUCAGUUUCUCGGAAAAAGCGGGACUUCUUUUCAAUUUUCGCUGAAUUCCACACAUAUGUCAAGUAUUUGCGCCAAAUCGUACCCCACACAUGUGCCAUAUGCAGGAAACAAUUCUGUCUCGCAUGCGGGGAGAGCUUUGACCUCUCGAAGCAGGAAGGGUGCGCGGAUGAGGACGCAGUCCUCUUUCACUGUUCGAACCUACAGGGUGUGGUUCUUGGUGUUGGUCUUACUAUGCUAGAGAAGAUGUAUGUCGAACAGACGCAGGACGGCCCGGGCGACCAAGGGCAAAAGGGUCGCUCCGGAAAGAGACGAAAGACUGAGACGCUAUCUGUCCCGGUCCAACACGUUCUAGACGAUGAUGACGAAGACGACGAUGAGGAUGGCUACUACCCACCUGUUAAGCAAUCGAAGAAGGCAAAAGGGGGUGUGGGCUAUGCCGGAGACGUCAGGGAGGAUACAUCCGGGCAAGUCGAGGCGCAGGCGGUGCAGCGCGCAAAGGACGAGAAGCUCGCCGAGCUCCUUUCGCGUAUCAGGAUUUUCCUUCCCUCUCUCCACCGACCUGGGGGCGCCCGGACUAGCGAUUACCUUGUACACCCUACAGCUCUUGCGCAUCUCCGUAGGCGCUUCAACUUCGUCAGUAGCCAACUUCUGCGCAACGAUUCCCUGGCGGACAUGUCUGACCGAUCAGUGCUUUACAUCGAAUUAUUUGAAUGGUUGGAGACGAUCUCGUGCCAUGAAGCCUUGGCUAGCAUGAUGGCAAUGCCGAUUAUGGUUGUCGCGUCUGUGAAGUCCGAUGUCACCAGAAAGUCACCCCUUGCUGGUAAUACCAAGGUCCGUGAACGAGCCAUCGUCUACGAAGGCAGCUCUGGACCCCGAGAGCUCCUAGAAGCCAUUGCGAUCCAAGCACAGGCUGCCGUCAAGGGACUCGAGGGUCCCAAGCAGGUGGAGACAACUACCGAAAUGACCGAGGAAGAGAAGCGCAGGACUACUAAUGACGAGAAGGGCAAAUCCCGGGAUACUGGGCGUACACUGACGGAAGAGAACAAGAAGAUGCUCGAUUUCUGUCAGCGAAUUCUCGGUACGACGCAGGCUAUAGACCGCUCGCUCCAUGAGACGAAAGGGGACGCUUUCGUCAAUCGACUACACGCGAGCCUACCGAAGAUACCCGCCGGUCCCCAGCACGAUGCGCCACAAGUGCAUGCAGGGGAUACGGAGGAGAGUGCUAUAAAGGCGUACGUUGAAUGGGCAAACCGCGUGCGCUUUGAAUAUUGUGACUUGGAAAUAGAGCGGACGGAGCCCGUUGAGACUAUUGACGAUCAGACCCCUCACUACAAGUUUUACUUCAACAACGACGCCCGGAUGCUUGUGAAUACUGACAUCCCAAAGCGGUCAUUAGCAAUCGCGAAGGAACUAGCGGUGCUUACUACGAACUUACCAGUCGCCUGGAACUCGUCCAUUUUCUUGCGCGUGGACGAGACUCGCGUGGAUAUCAUCAAAGUGCUGAUCACUGGUCCGGAGGGCACGCCGUAUUACAACGGCUGCUAUCUCUUCGAUGUAUUCCUCGGGGCAAACUACAACCAGUCGCCGCCCAACGUGAAAUAUAUGACCACAAAUGGGGGUAAAUACCGUUUCAACCCAAAUCUAUAUGCGGAUGGUAAGGUGUGCUUGUCCCUUCUGGGGACUUGGGCUGGGCCAGGCUGGAUCGCUGGCAAAUCGACCCUGUUACAGGUCCUUAUAUCGAUCCAGUCCAUGAUUCUGUGCGAAGAGCCGUAUCUGAAUGAACCCGGCUGGGCAGGAAGUGCCGGUACCCCUCAAUCGCGCGCAUACUCGGCCAACGUGCGUCGAAUGGUAGUCAGAACCGCGAUGCUGGGCAACCUGAAGAAUCCUCCAGAGCCCUUCGAGGAUGUAAUUCGCACACACUACCGCUUGAAGGCACGAUCCAUUAUGAAACAGCUUGAUGAGUGGCUUGCCAUCGAUGAUGGCAAGCCUAUCACCGAUGGAGGAUAUGGCGGACACAAAGCUUCAGCUGGAGGUAGCUCGAGCGGAUUUCAGGCCGAUGUGCAAGAGCUGAAAGGGCUCUUGACGAAACUACAAUUGGAGGACGGUGCAGGAGUAUCAUCAUGAAUCUCCUGUUGCAGUCACAUAUUAUAUUAUCUCCUCAUCCGU